GGAUGCAUGACAUGGCAGAUUAUUUGCUGUGGAAGGAGCAGAACUUGCAGUUGACCUCAACUGCACUUUUGUUGUUGUUGUUGUUGCAUGAGCGGUGAAUAAUUGAGCUGGGAAUGCAGCCAGACAGCGUUGGAGGAGCUCAUGAAAUAUUUGGAAGCGCAGGCAAGGACUAAGGCUGAAUGUAAAUAUUGACACAGGAGAGUGGCGGAGACAGGAGUGAGAGCGACUCAAGCCAGGAGACACAUAAAAGGCGCCGCUGGCUGCAGCGUGAGCUCAGUGCAGGUGAAAGCUUCUGUUGAGCAUGGAGCGCUGGCAAAAUUCUGUGGCCGUUGUGACUGGAGCCAGCUCGGGCAUUGGCGCUGCGCUGGUCAAGGAUUUGGUGCGUGCUGGACUCAUUGUUGUGGGUCUGGCGCGACGUUUGGAGCGCAUGGAGGCGCUGAAGGAGACGCUGCCGGAGGAGCUGCAGUCGCAGUUUCAUGCCAUCAAAUGCGAUGUGGCCGAGCAGGAGCAAGUGGCAAGCGCCUUUGAUUGGAUCGAGGCGGAGCUUGGUGGCGUCGAUAUACUGGUCAACAAUGCCGGGCUGCUGUACUCCGGCCAGCUGCUCACCAUGCAGCUGGAGCAGCUGCAGCAUGUGUUCCAGGUGAAUCUCAUGGGCGUUGUCUACUGCACCCAGCGCGCCUUUCGCUCCAUGCAGCAGCGCAACGUCGCCGGCCAUGUGGUGCUCAUCAACAGCCUCACCGGCCAUCAUGUCAUACAUCCGCCGGAGGCGUCGCUGCAGUGCCUCAAUAUGUAUCCGGUGACCAAGCAUGGGAUAAGCGCUCUGCUCGAGAUUCUGCGCCAGGAGCUGCAUGGCCUGCAAACCAAGAUCAAGAUAACGAGCAUCAGUCCCGGCGUCACGGACACCGAAAUCCUGCCCACCGACUACGACACCUUGCCCAGGCUCCAGCCCGAGGACAUUACUGCGGGCAUCAUGUACGCCUUGGCCACUCCGCCGCAUGUUCAGGUCCACCAGCUGACCAUCAAGCCCAUAGGCGAGCCCUUCUAACUGCUCAAUGGUAACUUUGGUAAUUUUUUUCAAGCAAUAAAUUUUAAUUCAGCAACUAAAAAACUAAUUCAAAAAA